CCCACGGCACCACCUGCAGGUGGGUCCAGGGAUUGCGGACGGGGACGCUGAGGCUCAGGAGGCUCUGCCCCUCCCACCUGCCCUAGAACAGUCGGGGAAAUAAAGUCACAGAGCAGGGACAGAGCAGCUCCGGCACCCCUUGGGGCUGGCAUUGUCGGUCUCUUCCUGAAAUCAGGAAACAGUUAUGCAAGGCACCCUCCCCAUCCCUGGCCUGAUGACUCACUCCCAGAUACAAGGCCAAGGGAGGGAGCAGCCCCCAAAGGCCACCACGGACAUGUGGCCCAGGGGCCUCACUGCAUCCUCUGCUCUGUUGUGGGACAGGCCCAGGGCCCGGGCAGCAGGCAGGGAUGGAGAUCGGACCACCUGCGGGCCUCUCCCACUGGCCUCCCCGGCUGACUUCCACCCAUACUGGCUUCCUGCAGCGCCGGCUGGGGCCUCUCUGCCCAGCCCUGCCGUGGGUGUCCCGAGGCCAGACAGACGUCCAGGACGAAAAUAGCAGUCAGAUGACCACCAGGGCGGCCAGCCACUUUCUGCCCAGUGGUGAGCCGCCCACAGCUGCUGAGGCUAAAAACAGGCAUGAAGGGCACACGCCUCGGGAGAAGCCCCGGCCUGCCCUGGGCUGCGGGCACGAUGAGGUCGCUCCGCUUCAUUGCUGCCGGAGCCCUGGUGUCCCACCCGCAGCUGGCCCUGCAGAGCCUGGACGGCAUGGCCCACAACCUCUACCCGCUGCUGUUCAAAGCCAGCUACCUGCUGGAGCGGGUGGACGUGGUGCGUGCCGUGCUGGGGCGCUGGCCCGCGGAGGAGUUCCCGCUGGGCGCGCUGCUGGGGCCGAGCGGCGACGACCCCGGGGACCUGCGUGACCGGGCCUGCAGGGCCUGCCUGGAGGCCUGCGUGCGGGGCCUGGCGGACCACGCGCUGCAGGGAGGGCGCCACCGGCGGCUGUGUGUGGCCGACCUCACGGGCAUCCGGGACGUGCAGGUGCAGCGGUGCCCCUGUGGGAGGGCGCUGGGCAAGUGGGGCCGCACCCGGCUGCUGGCCAAGACCUGCUGUGCGCUGCAGGCGGAGCCCCUCGGGGCCGGGCGCCCCGUCCAGGUCCUCGCCGACCUCUUCGUCACCGAGGGCAACUUUGAGGUGGUGGCACAGGCUCUGAGGCCGGCGGGCCGGGCCCCUCUGCGGGUGCAGUGCCCCUCGCUCCGCGCGGACAGCCUGAGCCCCUGCCAGCUCCUGCAGCUGCUGCGCCUGGCUGGGCCCGGCUCGCUGCGCUCGCUGGCCGUGGUGCACAACGUCCGGCUGCACGCGGGCCACGUGCGGGACCUGCUGCGGGUGGGCCUGCCCCAGCUGGCCUCGCUCACCCUGCCCACCAAGGCCUUCGACACGCCUCCCGCCUGGGCCCUGAAUCCCGACGCUGAGGACGCCCUUCUCACCUCCAUCGCCGGGGAGCUCGGCCGGAUGAGCCGGCUCACCGAGCUGGGCGUGGCCUUCUCCAGGCUGACCGGGAAGGUCCCGAAGCUGCUGGGCCCCCUGAGGACCCCACUGCGAGCGCUGGACCUGGCCAACUGUGCCCUCAACCACGCGGACAUGGCCUUCCUGGCAGACUGUGUCCACGCUGCCCACCUGGAGGUGCUGGACCUGAGCGGGCACCACCUGGCCGACCUGUACCCCGCGACCUUCUUCAGGCUGCUCGGCCGGGCUGCGCAGACUCUGCGGGUCUUGACCCUGGAGGACUGUGGCUUCACAGACAACCACGUCAGCAUGCUGGUCCUGGGGCUCAGCCCGUGCCACCGGCUCCGGGAGCUCAAGUUCCUUGGGAACCCGCUGUCGGCCCGGGCCCUCAGGCGCCUCUUCGCUGCCCUCUGCGAGCUCCCCGCGCUGCGGUGUGUCGAGUUCCCAGUGCCCAGGGACUGCUACCCUGAGGGGGCCCCCUACCCCCAGGACGAGCUGGCCAUGUCCAAGUUUGACCAGCAGAAAUACGAUGAAAUUGCUCAGGAGCUGCGGGCCGUGCUGCUUCGGGCAGACCGCGGGGACAUCCAGGUCUCCACACCCCUCUUUGGGAGUUUCGACCCAGACAUUCAGGAAACAAGCAGUGAGCUGGGCGGGUUCUUGCUGCAAGCUUUCAAAACUGCUCUAGAGAACUUUUCCAGAGCACUCAAACAAGCGGAGUAGGUCCUCAGAUCACGCUAAGGAGAGGUCUUGCACUUGAGCCUGCAGGUCCAGGGCAUCGGUCCUGGCUCGGGGCGGGGCCAGCAUCCACCCCCCACCACCGUCAAAAUCACUUCUCAGUGAAAACCAGAGGCACGACUGUCAGAGCCAGAGGGGAGGACGCCGUCUUCUAGAUGUGACAGGAGGUGACCUCGGUGUCAGCACGGCAGGAUCUCGGCCUGGCAAUGGUUGGCAGCUAGAGCCACUGAGCACCCAAGAAAGACACAUCUGGACUUGGUUCCCACCAAGACUGGCUUUGUGCAAAGGAAGGGCUGGGUACUAGCAUGAAACACAGUGCUUAUUUCAGUGCAAUUCAGAAUUUUAAAAAGGAUCUAAGUCUAAAAGUAAAAUACAUUCUCAAGGCA